UCAUCGUGACAUGUCAUAUUGACAUUGGCAAUCACAAAAUAAUACGAAAGGAGAUUUUGUGAAACAAUUCAAUGUUUACAAUUACAUAUUUAACAAUAAAGUCUUGAUUAUGGAUAAAUAUGAUACAUCUCAAAUCACAGAAUUUCCUCGUUACGAACCGGAGUCAUCGCAGAGCGGUGUCUCUACAUUCUUCAAUAAAUUAUGGAAGUUUCCUUUAUUUUCCCCAAGUGAGGCUGUAGAUAAUAUGGCAAACAAGGCAAUAACUGACGGGAAAGACGCCCCUCAGAAUGAGGAGCAGAAGCAAGAUUACAAUGAUGGGAAACCUGAGACAGGAGCAUAUGCAGAGGAGUUGGAAGGGAGAAGUCUACCUAAUGUUCUUAGGAGAAUUAGUAGUUUAAUAGCCUUGGGAUCUGGGGGUGGAACAAAAUAUGCAGAUACGGAACUGGCCCGCUAUUGGAUGCCAGAUGAUAUUUCUCGUGAAUGUUAUGAAUGUGCCUCAAGAUUUAGUACCCUGCGACGUAGGCACCACUGCAGAGUGUGUGGUCAAAUAUUCUGUUCAAGAUGCUGCAGCCAAAGAGUACCUGGGCACAUUUUUGGAUGUGCUGGUGGUCUACGGGUUUGCAACUAUUGUUGCAAUGUAGUGCUGAGUUAUUUGAAGGAGAAUGACAUGACUGGCGAGAUACCACCUGAUCUAAGAACCCUGCAGGAGAACUUACAGGUGAAGUUCCCGGAGAAUAAGUCGCAGCAGGCUCACAAGUUGCGCGAUAGUUUCAUGUUCCCCCGAGAGCAGGAGGAGCGCUGCGAGCCACGACCGCAACACGAGACACUACACGACGUCUACAGGCAUCUCACAUACUCACUGCCCACACAGCAACACAGGUAUCGUCUUGUUCGCUACAAUGGAGUAUGGCGUGGCUGUGACAUCCUGCAAUGGGUUAUGGAUAACACCAGUAAUAAGACGAGGGCCCAAGCUACAUUAUUUUGUCAAAACUUGCUAUGUGCUGGUUACAUGGAAUGUAUGACGGAACUGCCUCAGUUCGUUGACUACGCCCUCUAUAAGCCUAUAGUGCUGCCACCUCGGGCUACAGAUGAAGAAAACUCACCUGCGGAGUCAACAAGAUUAGUGGAAAGUGCCUCAUCAUCAUCAUAUUGCCUCGAUCUGAAUCUAGAUGAGAAUUCUGCAAGGCUAACGAAGACACCCAAAGCAGAAAAGAAAUCGUCGUCCAGCGAAGAAGAACCACCGGUAUUAGAACAAAAUGAAGCGCCGGCCGAAGCCAAACACAUUUGCAAAGCGAUAGUGGAGUCUGGCGAGGAGCACCUGCGCCUUCUGAUGCGGCAGUGCCUGGCGCGGCACGCCCUGCCGGCGGCCUGGCUGCAAGUGCUGUACCCGCUCUGUCUGCAAGCCGCUGACACUAUCGUGCUGGAUGUAAACAGUAACGACAUAGACGUGCGCAACUACGUGCAGGUGAAGAAGGUACCGGGCGGCAGUAUGCGCGACAGUUGCCUCGUGCAGGGCGUCGUGCUCACCAAGAACGUGGCGCACAGGGGAAUGCCACAACAGAUAUCAAACCCCACAAUACUACUUCUAGACUGUUCUAUAGCGUACCAACGUGUGGAGGGCAAACUUACUUCGCUGGAACCAGUUUUAUUGCAGGAGCGGGAGUACCUGGUGCGGUGCGCGGCGCGUAUAGCAGCGCUGCGGCCGCGCGUGGUGCUGGUGGGGGGCGCGGCGGCGCGCGGCGUGCAGGACGCGCUGCGCAGCGCGGGGGUGGCGCUGGCGGCGCACGUGCGGGGGCGCGCGCUGGCUCGGGCGGCGCGGGCCACGCGCGCAUCGCCGCUCUCCUCCAUCGACGCACGUGUCGGGAUGCCGCGACUCGGCACAUGUAACAACUUUUACGUCAAGAACUAUUCCAGCAAAACAUUGAUGGUUCUAGAGGGAUGUGCUGAACCAAACCUAGCGUGCUGCAUAUUACUUAGAGGGGCCUCCCUACAAGAGUUAAUUAAAGUGAAGAAAGUCGUGAAAUUCAUGCUUUUAGCUUGUUACAACUGGAAACUGGAAAAGGCAUUUUUAGGUGACAUUGAAGCUAUUCUGCCUGAACCAGGAAUGACGUUUGAUGAUGACGUGAACGACAAUGAAGUUUCAAAGGAUGAUAUCGUAAAAAAUGAUAUUACAAAUGAUGAUACUCAAAGCGACGAACGAGAGAAGGAUGAUAUUAAACGUAAAGAUUCAUUGAACGAGGAAUCUAGGAAGAGCAAUGAGACUGAUAGUACUGAGUCCUCUAGAUCUGAUAAUAUAUUUACUAACUCUAGCGUAAAAGACACUGAAAAGGUUGAUGAUAAAGCUGUCGCACCAAACAAUGAAGAUAAAGUAGAUAAGGAAGUUAAAGUUUCAUUGGGAGACGAUCCUUUACAAACUACGAAACCGUUUGGCCGUAAAACAGAAAGUGACAAAACUCUCAGCUGCGGUGUUCCAAUCAGAGACUUUAGUGACCCAUUGCGCGCUACGUUGUCUGUUGAUGACGAUGUGUUCUUGCCUAAAGAGGAAGCUAAGCUGAAGGCAGAUACUCAUACAGAUCGAUGGUCGACGGAUGACGUGGUUCUGUCGAUGUCCCCGAACGUGGUGAUCCCGGCCCCAUACUUGGAAUCGGAGGCGGGACUGCGGGGCGGGUUACGAGGGCAGCUACCCCGGCCGCGGCCGUCCGCCCCCUCCCCGCACGCGCCCAGGCUCAGCAAGCACGACGCGCGCACCUCGCAAUCAUUGCCACAGCUCAAGGACCUUCACCCAUUUGCUAAGAUGGCGAUUACAGCGCCAGCCGACGACCCAGCUCUUAAAGCGGCGCUUGCGCACUACAGGGCCACUGGUUGCCGGCUCGUAAACGAUAAACAUAAACCUCACUGUCCGAUGUACAAGCCAUCGGUUGUGAAAAGAGUGAAGGAACCCGAGCAAGACCCGAACGAGAAAUCGAAUGAUAAUGAACCUCUGGACCCGUUGGCCCCGGAGAAUCACCAACAAUUGAGUCUUCUUUUCUAUAGCUUUAGCAAUAAAUCGGCUAACGUACCAGACUUCUGCGUCAACCCUAGGAUUGUGACGAUGGAGAUGUACGGCGAACUGGAUAUUUCGCUGGGAGCGUUCCUCGACAAUUAUUGUUUCAACAACGACUAUAAGUGCACUUCGCCCAACUGCAAUGUGCCUAUGAACCAACAUGUGCGGAGGUUCGUGCACGGAGACGUAUGUAUCACAAUUACCUGCAACACUAUUGGCCACAGCAACGUCGACAAGACCAAAGAGGAAUCGAGCAAGCAGGUGACGUUCUGGUCAGGAUGCGAGUGGUGCGGGCGGGGCGGACGCGAGGCGGGCGCGCGUCGCGUGGGUGGUCGCGCGCUGUGCGUGUCGCUGGCGGUGUACGUGCGCGCGCGCGUGGCGGCGCCGCGCUACGUGCGCGCGCGCUGCCCGCACCCCCUGCACGCACACACGCACGCCUUCGUGCGACACCUCACCACCGUCUGCUUCCGGUACAGCAAAAUAACGCCGUACGAGAUUCAGUUCCCGCCCGACAUGAUCUCAAUUAAUUACGACACUAAACAAAUGCGGGAAAAUCUCAUAGCUCAACUCAACGAACUUGUACAAAAAGGACACGAGACCUUCAGCGGGCUAUCAGAAGGCGACGCAGAAAAAGAUUACCAGGCCUUCAAGCAACACAUGGAACAGAUCCACCUGGCAUUGACUUCCACCAGCUUACAGGAGCACAAUACGACUGCUGCCGUGGUACGUAGUUUGUGGAGUGUAUCCGAUCGUAUCAUCUCUGGUGAGAAGAUGCUGAGAGAGGCUCAAGAUAAGUGGUCCAGUCCCCCAGCGAAGAAUAAGGCUCAAACUGAGAAUGCAGUGGAAGAAAAGUCUGAAUUGGAAGAUUCCAGUGGCGACGACAGCAAUAAGGAUAACUUAGGUACAACAUACGUGUUUACAGAUAAUAAUAAGGAUACAGAUAAAGAACAUACAGGUACAGAAGAAGAUGAAGAGAAAGGCGACAAGAAAACUGUCCGACAAAUACUGUCUCAACUGCUGUCCAACAAUCAACCAGCUAACCAGAGCGGUAUGAUCCUAUGGAGUGGCGUGGUGCCAGUAAUGGUGCAGGCGGGGGACCUGGGCUCCGUCAUCGCGGCCACGCUGGCCUCCGUCACCUACCGACGCACCCGCACCGUGCACCGACACAAUACGCAAACGGACCAGGAAGAGAAUGAGAACACCAGCUCCACUGGCAAGGACAAGGCUGACGGCGACAAAUCGAAACUAAAGUCCAACGAUCACGUGGAAGUAUUACUUAAGGAUGGGUUGGUAUGUCGCGUGUAUUAUGCGGCGCAGUUCCAACGUUUGCGCCACAUGGUGCUUCGCCCCCUGAGCUCCCCGGCGGGCGAAGACCCUGCGGCGCCGCCAUGUCCCGCCGGGCACCGCCCCUCUUGCGCUUGCUACGAUGACACCAAGGACCGCGCUGACAAGGGUCUAUGUGAGAUAGAGGAGGGUUUCAUUCGCUCCCUGGCACAUUGCGUGCCCUGGGCGGCUCGGGGAGGCAAGUCUGGAUCCACCUUCUGCAAGACUAAAGAUGACAGGUACGUGCUAAAAGAGAUGACUAAACCGGAGUGGCAGCAAUUUCUGGACUUCGCUCCGCACUACUUCGCGUACGUCACGCAUUGCCGACAGAACAAGCUGCCUAGUUUACUUGCACGCAUCCUGGGCGUGUUCGGCGUGGGAGGCGCGGGGUCGGGCGUGUUGGUACUGGAGAACGUCUGGUAUGGGGCGGCGCCCCGCGCCACUCGGUUCGACCUGAAGGGAUCCUCCCGCCACCGACUCACUCCCGACACCACGCCCCUUGCGGUACUCAUGGAUGAAAACCUACUCAACCUGCGCUGGGAGAAUCCCCUGUACGUCCAGUCUCACACCGCUCGGAUGCUGUUUGCGGCGAUAGAGCGAGACACAGAGUUCCUCUCCUCUCACACCGUCAUGGACUACUCCUUACUGCUUGGCAUAGACAACCACACGCUAGUGCUUGGCAUCAUCGAUUAUAUAAGGACAUUUACGUGGGACAAGAAACUCGAGCAUUUGGUGAAAAAGAACCUCGGGUCUGGUCAGCCGACUGUUGUGUCCCCGGAACAGUACAAGAGUCGAUUCUGCAGCGCUGCUAGGAAAUAUUUCCUUCAAUGUCCUUCGCAUUGGGACCACCUCUAUUCCAACAUACAGGAAUAAAAUAACCCUACGUCCAAUUUAGGGCUGAUUUUCAAAGGUUAGACAAAAGUUACCUAGGGAAUAAGUAUGAUGCUGUCGCGUCAGAAUGUUUGUAUAAGACAGAGACAACAACACUUUUAUUCCUCAGAAAACAUUUAUCUGACAAUUGAAAAAUCAGCCCUUAAAUGAUGGCUCGGAACCGGUUUAAACCGAACUUUUCUUAUGAACGUGAACAUUUUAAAAACAUGAUUUUCACAUAAAUUAAUCGGUUUAUUCGAUGAGCGAAUUAUUUAUGGUUAACAUGAGUAGAA